AUGGGCAUGGGAGCCUGCAGAUCUAGUAGCCCAUCAGAAAGUAAGUCCUUAAUCCAAUUUAUACAGGCAGCCGAUCCCGAAAAUAUUCUACGUUUAAAUUGGGAUGGACGUAUACCUGAUCACUGCUCUGGGAUGUGGAUGGGUAUAAAAUGUGAUGUACUCUCGCUCCACGUAACAGAGAUCAGGCUCGAGAAUCUGAAUAUCAGUGGGACAAUUGAUGCAGAUUCUCUCUGCAAGCUUCCAUCCCUAAAAUUUCUCAGCUUGGCAACCAACCAUAUCGCUGGUGAUAUUCCAAAGUCAAUGUCAAACUGUCUUGGUCUUACUUAUUUGAAUCUGAGCAGCAACAUGCUGAAUGGAAUAGUACCUGCGUCUCUGGAAAGCUUGAAGAACCUCAGAAGCUUCGACAUCUCAAACAAUGAUUUAACAGGAUACAUUCCUCAUUUCAAGCAGGAAAUUGAGCUUGUUUACCACAAUACCAUGAUAUCAGCCAUAUCUGAUAACAAGACUGACGCUACGAUGAAGACCUCUGAUGGUAAAGGAGCCAAUAAAAAGGAGGAAAAGGCACAUAGACUAACGUGGGCCAUCACAACUCUCACUAUGGUUCUCUUGAUUGCCUUCUAUUCAUUGUUCAUAUUUUUCACUGACAAGAAAAAUGGUAGAGCAACUCAAGUGAAGGAGAACAAGGAAUGCGUUCACGGGUCUUCCGCAAGCAAUCAUACUGCUGGGACUGGGGAUGAUAUAGAGAAAGGAGGGGAAGUUCAAGACUUUGUGUUCUUUGGUGACAGACAGGAAAGAUUCACCAUAGACGAUCUCCUUACGUCAGCAGCCGAUAUCCAGGGCCAGAACAUCUACAGCAGUCUCUACAAGAUUCGGCUAAAAAACAGUUCCAUUUUUGCCGUCAAGAGGUUGAAGAAUUUGCAUGUCUCAGGAGAUGAUUUCAAACAAAAGGCCAUGCGGAUAGGAAACUUGAAGCACCCUAAUCUCCUGCCACUUGUGGCUUGCCAUUCCUCAGACCAUGAAAAGCUUUUAAUCUACAGAUAUCAAAAUAGUGGAAGUCUCUCAUCUCUCCUCUCCAGUAAGACUUUCUAA